GACAUGCGUGAGUAGAUAAACUCUCUCCUCUGCAGGCUCUAAUCUGCUUUACUUCAGAGACAGCUUCUAAUCCCCGCCCACACUCGCUGCUGAUUGGCUUCCCGGUUUGGCCCUGAGAGACCAUUGGCUGAAACAGAUGGCCAUCAGAGCGGUUUUGCCUGGUGCCAGAAAGGCAUCUGCACCACUCUUGCUAUUGUCAGCAAUGCUGCUGUGUUGUUAAACUGUAUUACACAGUUACUGUAUAACCAGGAUCUGUUUGCACUUUGGCUGUAAUGAAGCGUCCCUGAGGUGAAGGGAGGAUCACAUGGUCGGUGAUAGCGACAAAGAGCCAGAGCACCAAAAUCAUGGAACCUGAGGAUGAUGUCAGAGCUCCUGCCCGGCUUAAAGAUGACACUGCAGUGUGCAUAGUUUCUGUGAAAGGCCUGAAGGAGAACUGGCAGAAGUGGUCCAGUGAGCACCAGGAGUACCAGAAGCAGAACCCCUUCAGCCAUGACACCCGGCCCAGUGUGGUGGGUCCUCAGAAGGGACAGGAUGACUAUGGAAAACCCCCGCAGGGCUCCAUGACAGAGCAGAGAGGGAAGGAUGCUCACACACACAUCAGCCGAGAGGUUCAGGAGCUGUGCGAGGUGAUCAGGAACAUCGGGGAGCCGAGAGAAAAGGAUGGAGAUGGAGGCGAUGGGAGAGUGAUCGGUGUAGAAUUUGGGAAGCUGUUCGAGCAUUAUGUGACUAUCUCUAAUAAACUGGUGGGGAUUCUUCUACGAGCGAGGAAACAGAGAUUGGUGGACUUUGAGGGGGAGAUGCUGUGGCAGGGGAAAGAUGACCAUGUAGUUAUCACUCUGGUGCAGUGAACAGAUGUCGAUGCCUCGACAUCUUCCUGCUGCAGUACAAGCAGGUGCACAGCUACUUUCUGGCAGCGCUCACUGCAGAAGAACAAUGUGGGGAUUGCAGUUAAUGUGCACUAUCUUCUUAAUGAAAAAUAGCUCUUUCUUUGCUCCAAAGUUCAAUAUUGCAAUAUCGCUUUAUGCUAAAAACACAACAUAUACUGCACCUACACACAUGCAAGAGGUGUUUAGAAAUAAUACUCUGACGUAAGACAAUCAGAAUUACAAACUCCAAAAACUGUAUGCAAGCACCAUUUGGACGUUAACUGGAGGUACAUCAGUCAACAAAUAAUAAUAACAUGCAUAUUGUAUAUUUCUUUCAGGGGAUUUCACCCUAAUAUUGCCACAUUAAGGUUACUUUGUUUAAUCAUGAUUAAACUACUAGAUUUCA